GUUUUAAACAAACUACAAAGCAAAGCCAAAAAAAAAAAAAAAAAACCUAAACCCAGCUUAAACUCGAAUCUCUCUCUCUCUCUAAGCAAUGGCUUUCUCUAAAUCUCUAGUGUUUGUUAUCUUCGCCGCUCUUUUCAUCUCUUUCACGGUUGCUCAAUCUCCUUCUCCAGCUCCAGCUCCAUCUAACGUCGGAGGAAGACGGAUCUCUUCUCCAGCUCCUUCUCCUUCUCCUAAGAAGACCACUACUCCUUCCCCUGAAGUUUCGCCUUCUCCUUCUCCAACAGCUUCCGCAUUGACUCCAGAUUCAUCCGCUUCCCCUCCAUCUCCUCCUACGGCUGAUUCUCCUGUCUCUGAUUCUCCCGUAGCUGUAUCUCCCUCUGCGAUCACCGAUUCUCCCACUGAAGCUCCUGGUCCUUCUAUGGGCGCCGCCGUUUCCAACACUUACGGUGUCUUCGGAUCUGUGGCUGUUAUGUUAACCGCUGCCGUUUUGGUUAUCUAGAAGCUUUCUUCUCUUAUUUUAUUUAUUUUAUUUUAUUUAUUUUAUGAUAUAUACUCUACCUUCUUAUUAUGAGUUUUUGCUUUAGAGAUGAUUCCUUAUUUUUAAUAUUUAGAUUAUUUACUUUGUUUCUUCGGCUGAUCUUAUGAGCGUUGUAUCUAUGAUCCAAUAUUUUAUUUAUCUAUGAUUAUUUAUCAGAUUUUCAGAAUAA